AUGGCUCGUGGAAAGUAUCAGCAGAAGGGCAAGCGCGGACAGGGCAAGAUUGUGAAAAAGGAUGCCGGAGAAAAGAAGCAGUUCGUGCCCCGCUACCACUACUUUGCAAAGUCCAAGCUGGCGGCAUACCCCAGCGAGGACGGAGUGUGCUUCUACACAGAGAAGCGCCAGGAUGAAAAGGACUUCUUCAAACUGAAGAGCAUUUUGAAAUCCCGAAGUUCCGAGAAUGAGGAGCUGUGCCGACGGAUUGGCAUGGGCUUAGCCUUGGAUGCUGCCAGCCUGCACCAUGGCGCGCAAGUCUUGCACAAGCGCUUUGAGAAAGCCAUCCCAGCGGUCCCAAAGCCGCAGGCUGGCGAGCUGGAGAAAUCCGGCUUGCCAAAGCUCUUGGAAGCGCUUGGCUCUACAAGUGGUCAGGAGUUCGUCAACAGCUUGGCAGUCUUGAACGUUGGCAAAACAGGCCAGCCCAGCAAAGAGGCAGUCUCGGCUGCGCUCAAGACGUUUCUGAAGUUUUUGCAAGACCCAAAAGGAGACCUCCAUCGGAGCCUUGCACGCCUGGCUUCGGACGCGGCUGGCCUGUACCUCUUCGCAAUGACUUUGCUCAAGGACAUGGCGUUGGUGCAAGACCCCCAGGGCUGGGCAGACAAGGUGGAAGGGAAGCAGAUCGAUGCUGUCAAGGCGUGGAAGCGGAAGCCCAAGGAUGAGAAGAAGAUGCAGCAGGCAUUGGUGGCGGCGCUCAUGGCCAAGGUGGAGGCGAACGAGCCAGCGGCUGGCAAGAAGCGCAAGGUUUCUGAUUCUUCCGGAGAAGAAGCCUCGGCCAGCGGCGCAGGUAGCGCUUCGAAGGCAAGUGCUUCCUCGCAGGAAGGUUCCGCCGACGGCGGCAGCAGCUCCGAGUCCAACGGCAGCAAGGAGUCUUCGGGCAAGUCGUCAGGCAAGAGCUCAUCGUCUGCUUCCAAGAAAGAGAGCAAGAAGAAGGCCAAGAAGAACAAGCCCCAGAAAAAGAAGGCCAAGAAGACGUCCAAGAAGGAGGAGAAGAAGGAAGAGAAGAAAGAAAAGAAAGAGCGCGAGGAGAAGAAAGCCGCAAAGGAGAAGAAGACUGAGAAGAAGACGGAGAAGAAGACUGAGAAGGCAGACAAGGACAAGGGCACCAAAGAGACAAAGGCCAAGAAGGGCAAGAAGGCAGAUGAGGAGGCUGCAGAGGUGCCCGGAAGAAGAGGCGGACGCCGCCGAGUGAGCCCUGGGCAAAUUCGCCGGGCGCUGGCUUGGGCCGUGAGGCACAGCAAGGCCCGCUGCGCCGUCGCGACGUGCAGCGUGUGUCUCUUCAGGCUGCUUCUGUUGCGCUGGGCAUCGUUGGAUAGAGAGGCCAUGGCGCCAAAGAGCGCAGGCGGCGCAGGCAAGAAGGCCGCGCAGAACUACGUCACCGAGUUGCGGCAGGCAGGCCUGUCCGAGGAAGCCGUCCGCGCGCAGCUGAAAGAAGACGGCUACAAAACGGGACGCGUCUCGCAGCUCCUGAAGGCCACUCGCCCUGCGCAAGAAGAGGAGGGUGUGGCUGCUCAAGCAGUCAAGCGACCGGCGCUUGCUGCGGAGGCAGGCGACGGGCCACAUGUUGUGUUUGCAACAGCGGAGCCUAGUUUGGAGACUGCUUGCACGAGGCCCCGGCGCGCGCUGCGAAGCGGCCUGCGACAGCCAGACUCUGAAGGAUCCAAAGUCGAGGCAGCCAGGGAACCAGAGCCGCGAGCCACAGAAGACGCCGCGGAGGCAGGCGAC